AUGACGUUCACCAAGUGCAAGAGAAUACAAGUAGCAGAGACGCUCAGGUAUACUAGAUUUUCUAACCAACCUUUUUUAUUCGCCGUUCAGUGUAUUUCAUAUCAAGUGAAUGUGUUUUCUUUUGUUCUACAGAUUGAUUUGUUUAAUUUAAUUGGAGGAAGCUGGCCUCCAGCACCCAGACAGCCUGAGCACCCUGAGUAUGGAUCAGCACCCAUUAGUCCAAGACGCAAUAUGCAACGUACAACCCACAAUGAGAGGAUCAAGUCUGCUAAUUUAAUUAACCAUUUAGCACCAGAUCGCCGAAGAAAUAAACCUUCUACAUCCUCAAAUUCACAAGCCACAGAAGAUUUCUCUCAAACUCCAAAAAUGGUGCAUGAGCCUAAGAAAACUGAGACUGCUCUCUUAGUUGAUGUGUGCAGCGGUGAUGGUCCUGAUGAGUUGUAUGAUUCCCCGUCAUUGGGAUCGCCUCGUGCGGUGCCAGCGAAUACGAAGCCCCCGUCUCCUCAGCAUUUACAAGAUGAUAUCGGAGUCGGAUCACUGGUCGAAGUAGCGACUGACGUCGAUCAAAAUUACUACGGGGUCGUUAGGUGGAUAGGACUCAUAGACGACAUACCGACGGCGGGCGUGGAGCUGGAGCAGAGCGUGUGCGGGCUGGGCGACGGCGGCCACAAGGGCGCGCGGCUGUUCUCGUGCGCGCCGGGCCGCGCGCUCUUCGUGCCGCUGCCGCUGUGCCGGCGAGACGCGCGCUUCAGGGACACGCCGCCGCCCGAGCCGCUGCGCGACGAGCGGUACGACCAGCCGGACUGCCCCGUGGUCCCGGGCGUGGUUCCCCCACUGAACUCGCUGGGCGAGCUGGUGGGUAAGAACCGCGGGAUCCAGGGCCACCACAACUCUUGCUACCUGGAUGCCACGCUUUUCGCCAUGUUCACCUUCACGAGCGUCUUCGACGCGCUGCUCUACAGACCGCCGGAGCCCGAGGACUCGCCGCACUACGCGGAGGUGCAGCGCGUGCUGCGCGAGGAGGUGGUGAACCCGCUGCGGCGGCACGGCUACGUGCGCGCCGACCGCGUCAUGAAGCUGCGCACGCUGCUGGAGCGCCUGUCCGACGUGCCCGGCCUCACCUGCGAGGAGAAGGAUCCAGAAGAGUUCUUGAAUGGUUUAGUCGCCCAGUUAUUGAGAGCCGAGCCAUUUUUAAAACUAUCUUCAGGUCAAGAGGCAUACUGCUACCAGCUUUUUGUCGAAAAGGAUGAACAUAUCACAUUGCCGAGCGUGCAACAGUUACUAGAACAAUCCUUUGCCACAUCCGGAGUGAAACUUAGUGAGGUCCCAGCUGCGUUUAUCAUUCAGAUGCCUCGGUUCGGGAAACAAUAUAAACUGUACCAGCGCGUGCAGCCGUCUCCAUUGUUGGACGUCACGGACCUUAUAGAAGGAUUGCCACGCCAGUGCGCGGUGUGCGGGUCGCUGGCGCGCUGGGAGUGCGGCGCGUGCGCGGCGGGCGGCGCGCUGGACGCCGGCGCGCUGUGCGCCGCCUGCCUGCGCCUGGCGCACGCCGCGCGCCCCGCCCACAGGGCUACACCCUUAUCCGUUUGUGAAGAGUACGCAAGCAUUCUUGAGUCGUGUCCGAUUCCUCGCGUGUAUAUGGAACUGUUUGCAGUUCUUUGUAUUGAGACCAGUCACUACGUAGCUUUUGUCAAGACAGGCGCCGGGCACGAUGCACCCUGGUGCUUUUUCGACUCAAUGGCGGACAGGAAAGGCGAGCGCAACGGCUACAACAUCCCGGAGGUGGCGGCGGUGGCGGAGCUGGGCGCGUGGCUGAGCGACGAGGGCCGCGCGCUGCACGCCGCCGCGCCGCUGGACCGCCAGCUGCCCGCGCCCGCCAAGCGCCUGCUGGCCGACGCCUACAUGUGCUUCUACCGCAGCCCCGACCUCGCCAUGUACCGCUAGCCGGCGCCGGCCUCCCCGACGACUGCUUCCUCGCGGGUCUCGUCGACGUAACGGCGGCCGUCUUAGCUCUUUGAACAUUUAUGUAAUGCCGCCGAGCUCCGAACGAUGACGGUGCACUACCUCGUGGACGGUGCGGACUGAUUUUGUCGUCGUUGACGUAGCAGUAUUCUAAGGUCUUCGACCUUUCGUGUAAUACUAGCGACCCCAACCGAGCCGAUCGACGAGGAUGUGCGGUUUGCAAUGAGAAUAUUAUGCUGAUUUAAGAUCGGUUCCAGUUUUCAGAUCAAUUUCGAACGCGACAUGUUCUAAAUUUAACGGUUUAUA